AUGGAGCCCGCGUUGACCUUGCUCCAGCUGGUGGGCAAUGCCACAGGUAACGCCCAGGGAUCUAAAUUUCAAGAAAACGAUCUCAUUAGUCAUCUUGACAACGCUAGAAAAAGCUUGCAAUACACUAGCGUGUGUGCGAUUUCACCGUGUUCAAGUGCACUCGCAGUUUGUCACAUCACAGCCCAAGUCCUGACAUUUUUGGUGCAGCAUCGACCCCUCAAAAUAAGUUCCAAGUGGCACAACCGUGUGAUUAUAUUGGAAAGAGCAAUUGCUAGUAUAGCCACAAGCGUUAAUAGUUCUGAACACGAGAAUCAUACUGAAGAAAGACGAGACUUCAGCAACAUGAUAAAGCUACUAUUUCAGACGGUCUGGUCGACAUCACAGACCCCACAAUUCGAGAUUAAUGGAGUUACUGUCAUGACAAAAUUGUGCGUCCUUCUCGCGAUUUGCUGGUUAUCGUACGACCAAGUAGGGAAUGCUGGCAAAUCGGAAAAGCUGCUCUAUUUGUGCUGCGACUUAUGUCAAGCGCAAAAGUCAACGAAGCACCUGGCCAAGUGGCCGCAAUUUCUUCUUGGAAUGGUGAAAAUGGUGGAAUUCAGUGACGAUUUGGGUGCAAUAGAGUGCUUUCGUUGUGCUGUGACGUGGUGUAGAGGCUUAAAUCCAAAUGAUGGUUUUUUUUAUUAUUGGUAUGCGGUAUCUUUGAUGCGCACUGGGCUGCUGAGUGAUGCAGCAGAUGAACUAGACAAGUGCAUUCGAUUAGCUUACGAACCUGCUGCUUGUUUAUCGUUGCAAGCGUUGUUGUAUUUGCAAUUAAAGGAUCUUCAUACAGUGUCAAAAAUACUUCAACGUGGGAUGGAAAUAGAUUACACGCAGCCCACGUCAAUAUUUAAUUAUGGGCUCUUAUUGGUACGCAUGGGAAACCUUGAAACACAGCAAACAUUGUUCGGACAUAUACUCGAGCACUACAGUAGUAAGAUUUAUCGACAGAUGGAAGACAUGGGCUCGACUGAUUUGGGGGCUACAAAGGCGUCAGACACUCUGUUCAGCCAGAGAACCCUGACAAAUUUGCUUCCUUCACGAUCGAAAAGUGUUAGUGCUUCAAUGGUGCAUCGACACAUGGCUGUAGCUGCUAUGGAGAAUGGCUGUUGGCUUGAGUCCAAGCAGCAUUUUGAAAUAUAUUUUGGCAGUGGAGAUAAUAUAUUUGCAUUUGAAGCAUCAAGAGACUUUGUUUACGUACUGCUUCAGUGUAGACUUCCAUCAUUAGCCUUGUGUAAAUGCGAGCAGUACUUAACGAAGUAUGAUCUCGACGACAAUUUGGAAGUUUCGCAUUUAAUACUUCACUUAUACAAAGCCGACGCUUUGUUGUGCUUAGAACGCGUUGCAGAGUGUUGCGAGUAUCUUCAGCUGGUUGUUCAGCCUAAACUUCAAAGGUUACUGGCACAAAAUAAUGUUGCUGCUGACGUUAAUAGUUCAAUGCGAGAAGAAUUUGUGUCGUGCCACACGCAAUUUAUAAACAAUUUGGCUGUUGUUAUGGCAUGCUGCGUUGGAGUUGAUCCUGCCAUCUCGAUCUUACGUGAAGGACUGCAGCUAUACCGUGACUGUUUUGCCAUGACGUUUAACCUAGUUUUGUUGCUUUUGCGAAAAAAGGAUAUGUCUAAUGCAUGCGCUGUGUGGGCGAAAGCUCGAGGGUGGAGUCUCCGAUCUGAAAAUUGUGAAGUCACAGAAUCAAUAAGCCUGACGAAUAUCAUAAGCGUUCAAACCGCUGCCACCUCUUAUCCAUCCAUUUCAGAGCAUGUGGAAGGCAAAUUAGAUGGAAAAGGCGGUGUAUCUGCGCAACAACUCGUGUAUUUAGAUGCAUUGAUUUUGAAUUAUUGGCGCAAGAGUUGGAAAUCGCAGCUCGUUGACAAUUCUCUUCGACACAUCGAGUCCCUGACGAAUCAAACACUUUAG